AUGAUUAACGGAUUCAAAAUAGAUUUUGGCAAGUUCAAAGUAGACUUGAAAGUUCUAGGCGACCUAGUGAUCUUGGCCAGCGCAGGGCUCUCUGUGUACUACAUUGUCAACACGAUUCUCAACGACUACUUGGACAGCACCGUCAAGAACAAGGAGAGUGAAAAGAAAGGCAGUGGUGUGCUAAAGAAGAUCCAAGCGAGCAACCCGCACUUGAAGGAAGUGUCGUUCAACCAGUACGAGAAAGCAUUGUUGAACUCGUUGGUGACUCCAGAAGAAAUAUCCGUCACGUUUGAGGACAUUGGUGGAUUGCAUGACAUCAUAGACGAACUCAGAGAGGCGGUGAUCUUGCCGUUGACAGAACCAGAAAUUGUUUGCAGCACACCUGAGUCUUAUCCAGUCACCAAAGGGGGUACUGGUUUUUAUGGACCACCG